AUGCAAGCUCAAACGUCAAAGACUAGUGGUGAGCCAAACCCCGUCGACACCACAGGGCUUUGCCUGUUGUCGCUGGACGGGGGUGGCGUACGGGGCUUGUCAACGCUCUUCAUCUUGAAGACGAUCAUGGACAGAUUAAAUCGUGAUCGCCGUGAUGCUAAGCUUCCUUCUGUGAAGCCGUGCGAAGUCUUCGAUCUUAUUGGUGGGACAAGCACAGGCGGGCUUAUCGCCAUUAUGCUGGGCCGUCUUGAAAUGGACGUGGACGAAUGCAUUUCAGCAUACAUUGAACUCAUCAGGGUUAUAUUUGAGGGAAAACUGAAUUUGCUGCCUGUUGGCGGUACAGGAAAGAUUAAGUCCCGAUUCGACUCUCGAAAGCUCAGGGACGCGAUCAUGGAUGUUGCCGCUCGUCACGGUGUUAAUGGGACAGAACCCUUCAAUGAUGGGCGCGAGCGCGGAACCAAAGUUUUAGCUGAGGAACCUGACAUACCGGCGACCAUCUGCGAGGCUGCCCUUGCAACAUCAGCCGCGACUGGGUUUUUUACUCCCGUGCUAAUCGGACCACGCUGUUUUGUGGAUGGUGCGUUGGGUGCGAACAAUCCAGUGGAUGAAGUGGAGGGGGAGGCUUCAAAUAUCUGGUGUCCAGACACAGGAGAUUUGAAACCCCUCGUCAAGUGCUUUAUCUCGAUUGGAACAGGCAAUCCCGGCAAACGAGCGAUUGAAGACAAUCUUUUCAAAUUUUUCUCUAAAACGCUCGUGGCAAUUUCCACAGAGACAGAAGAAACCGAGCGGAAAUUCAUUGCCAGAUGGGCUGGGCAUUUCAACCAAAAGCGUUUCUUCCGCUUCAAUGUGGAGCAAGGACUGCAGAAUGUUGGCCUCACUGAAUAUAAGGAGCAAGGCCUGAUCGAGGCAGCAACACAUGAGUACAUAGCCCACCAGAAUCAAAAAUUCCGGGUGCGAGACUGCGUACAAAAUUUGAGGCAGAAGCAAUGUGUGUGCAUUGAAAACUUUGCUUAG